UAACUACUUAAAGACCCUCCUUGUUAUUACGUAUCCGUAGCUUGCCGUCUUGAAUCCGGGGUUUUUGCCUCCCUGCCGACCCGAACAACCUUGGAACUUUGUCUUAUCCAUCCAACCUUCCCAUCCAUUCCACCACUAUCUUACUCCUCACCAAUACUACACUUUUUCUCCACCACAAGUGACGCAGACUUUUACAAUAUUUCCCGCUUUCUGACCUGUUCCAUUCGGAAUAUCUGCUGGAAUGUCCUCUGGACGGCCAACCCCAAUUUUGAAGACAUCUCUUCCUUCGAUCCACGCAGCGACCGCUGCAUCUGGCCCCUCCAAUUCCGCCCCAAACCGUCGGGCGUCACCUUCUAAACCCCCUCAAAUGCCUCAACAGCAACAGCAGCAACUACCUAGCUCAAUUGCAAACCGGACAGAUGUCGAUCCGCGCCAUCUAGCUAUCGCCUUGCAUCAUGCGAAUCAAAUUCAAGCCCAGAAGGACACAGAGGUCCUGAUUCUCGACCGCAUUCUGAGACUCGUUGAACUUCCGUCCUCCCGUUCGGCAGAUCCUGCAUCACCCUCCCCCGACGAUGUUCGGGAGUUCAAGUCCGCCUUAGUCCCCUUUCAACCCGCCGACUACGAUAAUCUGAUCGAGGAGAGGAAUAUCGAGGGUCUCUGUGGCUACGGCCUAUGUCCUCGAGAGCGUCGCAAGGAAGAUGGUAGAGGCUCGUUUCGCAUAACGUGGGGUGCGAAGGGAAGCGGGCGGGGUGGCCGCGGCCGCGAGAUGGAUAUCGUUCCCAAAGAGAAGCUCGAGAUGUGGUGCUCAAAUGAGUGCGCCGAAAGAGCCAUGUACAUCCGAGUACAGCUGGCCGAAGAACCAGUCUGGGAAAGAAGGGCUGACGAUGCGCGUGGCAAGCAUCUCGUCUUGCUGGAGGAGGCCAGGGCGAAAGAAGGCAAGGGCAAGAUGAGAGAUCCCGUCUCUAUCCGCGACGUUGCCGGCCAGUUGGACAGUAUGCACUUGGAGAAACUACGAGGCCCUGGCGAUAUGGCAGAUGACAUUGCACGACUCUCCGUCCGCGACGAGGCUCGUUCACGAGAACUGGCCAUGGAACGAGGAGAUGCGCAUCCUGCCCUCUAUACUGGCAGAGUGGAUAUUCAGGUCCAAGAGAACGAUAACCCCCGCGGGCCAGCGAAAGCACCGCAGAUGCGUCCUGGAGACGAGAAGGGAGGCUCCAUCGAAGGAUAUGUUCCUCAUGAGAACUAAGAUGCUUUGGCGCAUGGCAUUAUGAGGCGUUUUGAACAAAGGUUGAUACCCCGAUAAGAUAGCGUGUCAGAUAAGAACCAAAUCAAUGGCUUAUGACUGUAUAGUCUACGAUAU